AUGGAGGCGACACCUUUGACUCAGGUGGCAAAAUUUCAAAGCGGAGAGAAUUUUACUUAUGAGAUAAUGGCGGAAAGUACCCUGUUUGAUUGUUCAUUCACUUACAAAACAUUGGAAACAUCUGCUAAGAAGCCUAUUUUGGCAUUGGUUGAACGUGCUGUUUUGAUGAUUUCUGCAAGCACAGCAAGAGAACUGGCUGUAUCAACAAAGCAGAAAACCGUGGUACAAUCGUUGCCAACCACUACUUCCACAAAAUCCACAACCACCUCGACUUCUACUCCUACAACUUCAACAAAGUCAACAGUUACGACAUCUACUGUUACACCCUCCACUUCACCUGAAGUUUCAUGGUUUAUCAACGGGUACCCAUGGUUAAUAGGCGGAGUAUCCGGAACAGGAGUACUAGCGAGUAUCGCAAGAGUUUACACGACAAUGCCUGAAUCAAUGCGACGAGCUGCUCUAAGUACAAUAACCGCAAGAGCAUCAUCUAUAUGGGCAGACCCCACACAAGAAAAACCCACAGACGCUCGAAAAUCAAGUAGACAAAGAAGUAAAAGGCCCUCAAGAGCCCCGAGAUCAGACGCUGCCAGACGGGGAAGGUCAAGAAAGGCUUCGAGAUCUGAUAGCCCUGAGCAACGGAGAUCUAGUAUAGUAUCUAGUAUAGCUUCGAGCAGCGCCGAUCAAUGGAAGUCGAAGAAAGGUCGAGAAUCUCGUAGUGUCAGACAAGGCAAAUCUGGGAAAGCUCGGAGUAUGUAUAGCGCUAGAAAAGGAAAGAAAUCGACAAAAGCUCCACGAUCAGGCAAUGGCAAGCGAGCAGAAUCUGUAAGUGUUGAAAUCAGGCCGAAGAGGAAGCAAGCCGCGGAAAAACGAAAAUCUUUUAAUAACGAGACAGCCGUAUCUGCGGAAGACAUUAUACAUCUUCGUAGUAUCACUAGCUCCGACAGUCAAUCGAAAAAGGAGUUGGUUGUUGAUACUACUAAGCUUGAGGCAGCUCCCGACACUCUACAAAAUCAAGAACAAGAUUCGAGAAUUUUUCACAUAUAUGGAAAUGAUGAUGAUAAUUCAUCGGAUAUUAAACGCAUCGUACUUAUUGUCUGA